AUGAAAAUUCUCGAAAUGCUCUUUUUUCAAGGAACAAAAAAUAUACGUGUUAAACUAACUAUUUACAAUGAUAAACUUCAUCUAGAUGGUGAAAAUUAUUUUUUAAACAUUUUACAUCAUAAUUCAAGUGAAGUGAAUUGUGAAGUCUACGACAAAGUAAUUCAUGUCUUAGCUAUUAUUUGA